AUGUUAAUUCUGAAGCUAAUUACUUUGUACAUCUACCUGUACCACGCAGAAACUUUUCAACUGUCCACCAUUCACCAAUCAAACUAUAAAUUAUCGGCACGUUUGAUGAACGUAAUAUGCUCGACAGAUUCAAAUACAGUUCGUUUCCUAGUCAUUGAUGAUGACAAACCUGUCGAAGUGGAUGAAUACGUUGCUCGAUUGAAUGAGGAAUGUCCAUUUAAGACCAUUCAACUCUUCGGCAUCAAUACGAUACUGAGUGAAAGUAUUCAACAUCACUCGGAAUUGAUUGUUUACCUGGUUUAUUCCAACGAUUCAAUUCAGAAUUUUCGUUGGGCAGUUACAAAAUCCAAUCGGUCGAAUAGUCACAAUCGAUUUGUGGUAGUUUUUCGAUUUCAAUACAAAUGGCGGAUCCUUGUGAACAUUUUCAAAGACUUGGCGCGACAAACAAUUUCUAAUAUCGUUGUGAUAGUGCAUGCUGACGACUCGGAAGAAAUCGUCUUGCUUUAUAAUCCAUUCGAUGAAGUGGCUGGUAUUGUCGAAGACGUAUCAAUAUUGGAGAGAACGGAUUUAUUUACGCACAGUCGAGGUGACUUGCAUGGUCGUAAAUUGGUUAUAUCAAUGCACGAACAAUGCGAUAGGGCGGUUUUGAAGAAAAAUGGAAUGCCUGGUUAUACUGGGGUGGAUGGUCUGAUUGCAGAUUUAUUGGAAGAAAGAAUGAACUUAACGUUUCAAUACAUCACACCACACGAAAUGUACAAUGGCUACCGAAAUUCAGGCGUUAUCGGUGAUCUGACUGUCGGUCAUGCAGAAAUGAGUUUCAACGCUGACUCCUUGGCACUUCUGCUAGUAAACGAUGCAUCAGUGGCUGCAACAGACCCAUUCGAACGAAAUGACAUGUGCGUUUUGGUGCCGAAGGCAGGAAAUGAGCCAAUCAUUUGGAAUCUUUUACGCACUAUGUCGAAGAUGACUUGGGUGAUAACUUUACUGUCUAUCGUCGUCAUGAUGUUGAUUUAUCGGUGGACUCAGUCCGUUCAGAAAUUAAUUCACUCUCGGAAGUAUCCGUUCUACGAAUAUUCGUGGAAAGAUAUUUCGACGAUUAUUUUUCAAUCGUUUUUUGGUGAUGCAAUCCGACGAAUUCCACAGUCAAUGCCGUUGAGAAUUCUGAUAAUUGGCUGGUGUAUCUACAGUUUCCUUAUAACGAAUGCGUUUCAAGCAAAGUUGAUCAGCUCUUUGGUUCUUCCGAAAGGAUUGGAGGACAUACAUACGGUCGAAGAGCUCGGACACUCAAAUCUGGAAAUAAUGUACCCAAGAGCAUUGGGUCAGCUAAUCCAAGAAUACACCGACAAUGGCACAAUGAAUAUAUUACGAGAUCAGUUAGUAGAAGUUGCGAGUUGGAGCGAAUUCGAUGCAUUUAUCAACAAUAAAAGUUCAACAACCGCUUACAUCAUGAUGCGUUUCCAUGCAGAUUUGAUGGAGAAACGAAAUUUCGAUAAGAUUACCGGAAGACCAUUCUACAAGACCAUGGACCAGUGUUUCCUCACCUUCCCGCGAGUGUACUUCUUAAAACUGGGCUCCAUGUAUGUUGACCACGUAAGCGAAAUGUUACGCCGUUUCCAUGAAACGGGUUUCAUUGUGAAAUGGACGAAACAUUCUGAAUUCAUCAGUGCGUUGCACGGAAACAUUCCCGUCGACGAUAUCGAAGAGGAAGACGUCGAUGAAGCAGACAUCAAGGUCGUUAUAACACCUGAACAUCUGCAAACUUCGUUCAUUUUGUUGGUGUUCGGUUUGAUUGCAGCAUCGUUGGUGUUUGUUGGUGAAAAAGUGUAUUUCAAUUGGAAUCGAAAUGAGUGAAUGAGAGGAAUGGAUUAAAUUGUGAUGAGUACAGAAAAUUCAAUGGACUAGAAAAUCACAAAUGGAAAUUGAUGGGUCACUAUCACUUCCUCAAAG